AUUUAUUUUAUUUUAUAUAUUUAUUUUUUGCUUAGGAAAUUUUUUUUUAUUAAAUUUAAUUAAAAAUGAAUUACAAUACCCCGCUGAUGGAAAAGCUAAGAUGGAAGGUUAAAACGCUUGAGAAUAAAAUUCUUAGCUAUCGUUUGUCUACCAAUGAGCAUCCGCUCGCCGAGACAGAAUAUGGCAAAAUUAAGGGAAUCAAACGUAAUAGCAUUUAUGGUGAUUUAUACUACAGUUUCGAGGGUAUACCGUACGCUCAGCCGCCACUCGGAGAGUUACGAUUUAAAGCACCUCAACGCCCGACACCCUGGGACGGUAUUAAGGACUGCACUACACAUAAAGAUAAAUCGGUGCAGUACGAUUUUAUUACGGGUAAAAUAUGCGGUUCCGAGGAUUGUUUGUAUUUAAAUGUCUACACAAAUAAUUUAACGCCCGAAUCCCAAAGACCGGUCUUAGUUUUUAUACAUGGCGGCGGCUUUGUGUACGGCGAAGCCAAUCACGAUUGGUAUGGUCCAGCCUAUUUCAUGAGAAAAGAUGUUGUUUUGGUCACCAUACAAUAUCGUUUAGGUGUUUUAGGUUUUCUUAGUCUUAAUACGGAAUCAUUAAAUGUACCCGGUAAUGCUGGUUUGAAAGAUCAAGUUUUAGCCCUAAAAUGGAUAAAAAAUAAUUGUUCACGUUUCGGUGGUAAUCCCGAUUGUAUUACCAUUUUUGGACAAAGUGCUGGUGGUGCUUCAACCAAUUACCUUAUGAUGUCGGAACAGACUAGAGGCCUUUUCCAUCGAGCUAUUUUGCAAUCGGGCAAUGUAUUAUGUCCCUGGGCUUACACUCUAUGCCAGCAGAGAGCUUUCCUGUUGGCCCAAUUAUUAGGCUACAAAGGCGAUGUUAACGAUAAAGAUGUCUACGAAUUUUUGACAAAGGCCAAACCAUAUGAUUUAUUUAAAUAUCAAGAGAAAGUACUAACCGCCGAAGACGCCAAAAAUAAUGUAAUGUUCGCUUUUGGGCCUACUUUAGAACCAUACGUCACUAGUGAAUGUUUUAUGAACAAGCAACUAAGGGAAAUGUUAAAAACUGGUUGGGGUAAUUCAAUACCCACGAUGCUCGGCAAUACUUCAUACGAGGGUUUAUUCUUCAGAGCAAGAAUAAUGCAAAAUCCAAAAUUGCUUGAUAUACUGGAUACAUGCGUUACUUACGUACCAGAUGGAUUAGCCGAUACAGAACGUUCUAGUCCCGAGACUUUGGAAUUGGGUAAGAAAAUCAAAACAAUCCAUAAUGUCGAUGGAAAGCCCACAAGUGAUAAAUUAAUGGAGAUUGCGGGCUAUAGUCAUUUUCUAUUUCCCAUGCAUCGUUUAUUGCAUUUACGUUUUCAACAUUCAACCAGUGCGCCUGUAUAUUUAUAUCGCUUCGAUUUCGAUACGGAGGAAUUAAUCACUCCUUAUCGCAUUAUGCGUUGGGGUCGAGGUGUUAAAGGUGUCGCUCAUGCCGAUGAUUUAGCAUUUUUGUUUUCGAAUAUUUUAGCUCGCCGUAUGACCAAAGAUAGUCGCGAAUACAAGACCAUAGAACGUAUGAUUGAUAUAUGGACUCAAUUUGCCACAACUGGUAAUCCGUACAAUUCGGAUAUUCAGGGUCUGGAGGAUAUUGUAUGGGAACCUUUGAACAAGAAUGAUAAUACCUAUAAAUGUUUGAAUAUCGGUGAUGAAGUGAAAUUUAUCGAUCUCCCAGAAAUGGAAAAUCUGAAACAAUGGGAGAAUUUAUAUGAAAAUCAGAAAAAUUUAUUUUAAUUUAUAAAAAUUAAUAUUUUUUUUUUUUAUUUC